AUGGAGUAUCCGUUACGAGAGCAGACGUUGACCACCGAGAAUGAAGCUCCUCCUUGCCCAAGCCCUUCACUACCUCCUCUGGAAAAAGCCAUGCUGCGGGACGACAACUCCUGGCUCAAGACCUUCUCAGACCUGAGAUAUGGCAUCUUCCCGGCGAAGAAGCCCGAGGAGGUCAUGGCCUACCAGGGGCUUGCCGAGUACGGCCUGGAAGUUGACCCAGAGAUGGCGAGACGCUAUCAUCUUUGUCUGGAGGACCAAAAAGUGCAGUACAUCCGGCAGAAGCUAGAGGAGAAGCAGGCCGAAAUCUUGAGGCAAAGACGAGAGGCAGAACAAGAAGCCGCCUGGCAACAUUCAAGACAAAGAGAAAUUCUCGCUCAACAGCAAUUUGCUUGGUACAGCAAGCAGAACCCGCGAUAUGCGCAAUCCGCCCGACAUGAAGAUUUCUUCCGUGAAACUGCUGCGUUCGCUGUUGCAGGAGGAGAAUCCGACGACACAGAGUCUGAGCAGGCGAUGCAGUUGGAUGACAGCAUAAUGAGCUCACCGACUUACCGAUAUGCGGCUCAGAACGAUGCUGUCCAAGAUUCCAGUUUUACUAUCCCAUACUUUGCCAGGACUGUCGACAGCACCGCAGAAGCCGAAGAGUAUCUCUCCGUUGAGGCUAGGACCCGAAAGCGCAGAAAUUUGUAUAACCCUUCUCAGCCGCCGCACCGCAUGAUGAAUUGGGCAGAGCGGGAUUAUUCAGGGCUACUUCAAACGCCUCCUCCUGGAUUCACUCCUACCGCAUCUAUCGGUGAAGCCGAUCUCCACCGGGACAUGGUCCAUGACACGCAACUCGCAAAACAGCUUGAACCACACCGCAUUGUCCAGGACGAACCGACACCCCCUUACCAUCCAGACGACGAGAUGUUGUUGCAAGACUCAGGCGAACAGGUGGCACAGCGUGUAAAAUCACCAACAUUGUCCGAUUUGAUUGGAAGCGAGACCCCUUCUGAAGAAGACGACGCUAGCGCUGACGGAGACUCGGAUUUUGAUCCAAGGAGCAGGUCUUCGCAGCCUCCAACACACCGCGACGUGAAGGGAUUCGGCGGGAGGAAACGAAGGGCGAGUGGAAGGUCGACCGGAAGAGCGAGUCGGAGGGCAAGGCGCUAG